AUGUGGAAGUCACGAGUUAAUUAUUGCUUGGACAAGUUUAUGGAUCUUUCACAUAACAUGCUACGUGGGGAGAUCCCAAAAGAAGUUACAACCCUAAUUGGAUUGACGUAUCUGAAUCUUUCCAACAAUUAUUUGACAGGAGCUAUUCCUUGUGACAUUGGAGCCGUGAAAUCCUUAAAUUAUCUAGAUUUAUCAAGCAACCAGCUUUUUGGCACCAUUCCUCCCGGCAUAUCUGAUGUAACUCAUCUUGAAGGAUUGAAUUUGUCAUAUAACAAUUUGACUGGGAAAGUUCCCUUGCCCAAUAAUUUUAGUGCAUAUGCAUUCAUCGGAAAUCAUAACUUGUGCGGUCCUCCGCUUGCAAAGAAUUGCUCUGCAAAUGAAUCACUGGAAAAAACAGAAUGCAGCAGUGACAGGAAAUCAAAAGGCCAAAAUGAUGGAAUUCAAGAAAAGGAACAUACGCAUGGAUUCAAGCCUUUCAAGGAGAAGCCAUCAUUCUACAUCAGCGUGGCUAGUGGAUUUUUCACAGGGUUUUGGGGAUUUUGGGCUACUUUAGUCCUCAACGAGUCACGCGGGAAUGCCUACUUCCGUCUCUUGGGCAACAUGGGUGACAGAAUUUAUGUGUUUGUGGUAGUGACCACAGCUAGGCUGCGAAGGAAAUUUCAGGGGGAACAAGCUGUGGAGUGA